AUGAGACAACCGUUCUACUUCCUCAGUAUGGCGUGCGAGAAGGACACUUUACGUCUGGUUGAUGCUGCUGGUAGUGCUUUCAUCAUCAGUGAUGGUGCCCACAUCUUGCCUAGAGCCAUUGUGGCAAAAGCACGUGCCUACCUGGCUGGAGCUGCAUCUGAUGUUCUUGAGGUUGGUGUGAGAACUGAGGGACUCCAGCAAGUGCUAAUGAAAAUUCAAGCUGGUGACGAGAAUGUUGAUUCGAUGACCAAGAUAAAGCGAAUCAUGAAGGCACUGAAGGACUGGAAGAGUUUGUUGCCAACAAAUCUGCCAUUGGCCUACAUGAACAUGAAACUGUUUGGACAGGAAAUCGCUUUUGCCAAAAUUGACAAAGCCUUAAUUGAAAGUGUCAUUGAACAAGCAGCACAGAUGCAGACUGGGAUUGAUCGCCAGUAUUCCAAGUCUCUGCUGCCAGCUGAGCUGUGUCGCAUCCUUCCCACUGCUGUUGGUCUGCCGAUGGAGCUCAGACAUUACGCUGCUGCUGUUGCUGUCGUAUCUAUCAACGUCCAUACAACCAUCACACCUCCUCUCCAUGAACAAUCAGAGCCCAUCACUCUUGAUCAGUUGAUGAUGACUAAUCUUCAGUUGCAUGCUGAAGCCAGACCAAGGUUUGGGACUAUGGCUAUGGCCAGGAACAUUGAGGACCUCCCAGUGCAGAGGGUGGUGUCUCUGGCACCUCCAGUGCCCUCUGAUGUUCAGCCCAGAAUCAGUCUUGUUGAAGGUGAAAGCUCAGAAGAAACUGCCUUCCUGCUGAAGCUGAGGGGCAUACUGAAGGCAGGAAUGAAGAACAUUGAGUUCAGUUCAAUGAGCUCCUCUUCCUCAAUCAGCAACAAUUUCAGCAGUUCCAGGGGAUCCAGAAGUUCCAGUAGUUCAUCCAGUAUUCGCACAUCUGAUGUAAGUCUUUAG